AACAAAACAUCCAGUGCGGCGUGCAAUUCCAUCGUCUCUAAUAACAAUAAUAAUGAUACUCAUCUACGUAAGCAACAUGGCCACUAUAUAAGUGCACAAGUCAACUCCAUGAUAAUUCAAUUUUCAACUAUACAUCACUAGAACACGGUCUCAAACAUGAUGAAAGCAAUAAUAUUAUUCGGGUUGAUUAUGGGGGCAAUCGCAGCCCCCAAGAAUACCGACGCUGAAUAUCGAGCUCAAUUAAUGAUGGAAUUCAAAGAUUUCAUUGUGGCCAUGCCAAUGCAAAAGAUGUACGCGACUCUUAUGGAUCAUUUGAAUAACGAUUUGGAAAUGCAGGCUGCUCUCAAGUACGUGCAGGGCAAAGAGUUCAAACAAUCGUUGCGUGCAUUGAUGUCUCGUCCGUCUACCAAGGAAUUGCGCAUGAAAUACUCAGAAGCCGGGCUUGAUUUGGACAGAUACGAGAAGAUGAUUUCUGAUAUCAUGGGUGGCAUGGUCUUUUCGGUUCCGGAAGACACCAAUAGGAGUUUCGGCAGUUAUUUGUCUGACCUUAAUGAUCUUAUACCCUACGACAAAUUAAUAGACCUUUGGACUAAGAAAAUGCAUGAAAGUCCAGUGUUUAUUAAAUUUGUUUCAGCCAUCACCACCGAAGAAAUGCAUAUGUUGUUUGACAAAACUAUUCACUCUCCGGAAUUCAAACGCGUCGCUCAAGAUUUAGAAGAUAUGGACGUGGGAAUUUACGAUAUCUUGAAGGUUUUGUAUGAACUCUGCGGUUGGGUUAAACAACCAGCUGAACCCAAUGAUUUGUAAAUUUAAUUUAAUUAAGACAUUGAAAUGAAUAAAUAUGUUUUAAGUA